AUGCCCCAGUGGGACCACGAAGCCCCUGAGAGUCUGGCGCGCGCAGCCAAUUUGUUUUGCUGGCAUCUCGUCGGCAACUUUGCUUUCUGCAUGCUUGUCGCUUGCAUCCUCCACUGCCACUAUUCACGGCGUGACCUACAACAAAUGUCCAGUCGUUCUCUCGCUAUAUUCGGGCUCAGCUUCAAUACAGCUACUAACAAAUUGGUGCCCGGACUCGCUUGUUCGUCCAACUUUGCCGAAGAAGGAGACGACCAAGAAACAAGAGAAGGUAGCAGACUGCACAAUGAAGAGGAAGAUUGUCCACACAAGAAAUUACAUAGAAACUUCAGUCACCAAAUGGAUCCCAGAGCGCUUUCCUCCAAUUACACUAGACAAGCCGGGCUUACACAUCAGGCUAGAAUGCGUAUGCCCUACCCGACCGGGACUGAUGGGCGUUUGCCAGCAGAUCCUUCGGAAUGGCUGUCUUACAAAACCCAACCUCGUGUGCGUCUUCUAUUGUACUCAAUUUCAUUAUACUUUAUAUGCUAA